AUGUGUGGCAUUUUCGCCUGUCACUGUCAUCCUGACGUCCAGAAAUUCAAGCCUCAGGCUUUGAAGCUGGCCAAGCAGAUCCGCCACAGAGGCCCGGACUGGAGUGGAAACGUCAUUUCCAACAAGACCAUCCUCUGCCAUGAGAGAUUGAGUAUCGUUGGUGUUGAGUCGGGUGCUCAGCCCCUUACCAACGAGGAUGAGACCAUCAUCCUGGCCGUCAACGGCGAAAUCUACAACCACAGACUCAUUCGCAAGAACCUGAAGACUCCCUACCACUUCAAGACCACAUCAGAUUGCGAGGUCAUUAUUCCUCUGUAUAUGGAGCAUGGCCUCGAUGCCCCGAAGUACCUCGAUGGCAUGUUCUCGUUCGUCCUCUACGACAAGAAGCUCGAUCGCACGAUUGCCGCCCGCGACCCGAUCGGUGUUACAACUUUCUACCAGGGCUGGUCGUGGAAGGAGCCUGGUGCUGCGUACUUCGCCUCCGAGCUGAAGUGCCUCCACCCCGUUUGCGACAAGAUCCAGUCCUUCCCCCCGGGACACGUCUACGACACUGCCACCGGCCAGAUGACCCGUUACUUCCAGCCGACUUGGUGGGAGGGCUCAAGAGUGCCUACCAACCCCCUCGACCUCAAGGCGAUCCGUGAGAGCCUCGAGAAGGCUGUGCGGAAGAGGCUGAUGGCUGAGGUCCCCUACGGUGUUCUUCUGUCUGGUGGCCUUGACUCUAGUCUUGUCGCUGCGAUCGCACAGCGCGAGACACUGAGGCUUCGGAAACUGGCCCUCGAGAACUCCCAGGCCACCUCGGGCGACCCCAACAAGGGCGAAGGCCUGGUCGGUAUCGACGAUGACGGCAAGGUCUCGACGAUGACUUUCCUGCCUCAGCUCAACUCUUUCUCUAUCGGUCUGCCUGGCUCUCCCGACAACGAGGCUGCCGUCAAGGUUGCCGAGUUUCUGGGCACCAAGCACCACGUCAUGACCUUCACCAUCGAGGACGGCCUCAACGCCCUCUCUGAUGUGAUUCUGCACCUCGAGACCUACGAUGUCACCACGAUCCGUGCCUCGACACCUAUGUUCCUGCUCUCGAGAAAGAUCAAGGCCAUGGGCAUCAAGAUGGUGCUCAGUGGUGAGGGUAGUGACGAAAUCUUCGGUGGCUACCUUUACUUCCACGCCGCCCCUAACAAGGAGGAGUUCCACGAGGAGACUGUCCGCCGUGUCAAGAACCUGCACCUGGCCGACUGCCUCCGCGCCAACAAGUCCACAUCGGCCUGGGGUCUUGAGGCUCGUGUGCCGUUCUUGGACAAGGAGUUCCUUGAGACUUGCAUGAACAUCGAUCCCCAAGAGAAGAUGAUCACCAAGGAGCGCCUCGAGAAGUACAUCCUGCGUAAGGCAUUUGACACCUCUGACGACCCGAGCGCAGAGCCCUACCUGCCCGAGAACAUCCUCUGGAGACAAAAGGAGCAGUUCUCUGACGGUGUCGGAUACGGAUGGAUCGAUGGUCUCAAGGACGCUGCGGAGCUGCACGUCACGGACGAGAUGUUGGCUCACCCCAAGGCCGAAUGGGGCACUGACAUCCCCGAUACAAAGGAGGCGUACUGGUACCGCCUGAUGUUCGACGAGCACUUCCCGCCUCGCUGUGCCUCGACCGUCAUGCGAUGGACCCCCACCUGGUCCAAGCAGACUGACCCUAGUGGCCGUGCCAUCGCUACACACAACGCCAAGUACGAGAACGCCGCAUGA